AUGGCGACAGAGUUGAAGAUUGAGCUGACAGCGCCGAACAAGCGGAUAUACACCCAACCGCUCGGCCUGUUCAUCAACAACGACUGGCAUGCGUCAUCAGACGGCAGCAAGAUCACAAGCAUCAACCCUACCAACGAGAAGCCGAUCGCAUCAGUACAAGCCGCUUCGGAAGAAGAUGUUGACAAGGCUGUCAAGGCAGCCCGCAAGGCCCUCAAUGACCCGAGCUGGCGCGAUCUUCCUGGCACCGACCGCGGCCAAUUGAUGGAUCGUCUCGCCGACCUCAUCCACGAGCACCGUGAAACGCUGGCGACUAUUGAAGCGUGGGACAAUGGUAAACCGUACGCAACUGCGCUGAACGAGGAUUUGGCCGAAACUGUAGGCACACUUCGUUACUACGCUGGGUAUGCAGACAAGGUGUUCGGCCAAGUUAUCGACACUACGCCGGCCAAGUUUGCUUACACUGUCCGUGAGCCCGUCGGCGUAUGCGGGCAGAUCAUCCCGUGGAACUACCCCCUUUCCAUGGCAGCGUGGAAGCUAGGCCCUGCGCUGGCUUGUGGCAACACGGUCGUUCUGAAGCCCGCCGAGCAGACACCUUUGUCUAUUCUGUUCCUCGCAAGCCUAGUGGCGCAGGCUGGUUUCCCACCGGGUGUCAUCAACAUUGUGAACGGCACGGGUCCUGUUGCCGGCGCAGCCCUGGCGAGCCACCUGGAUGUCGACAAGAUCGCCUUCACGGGAUCAACUGCGACGGCCAAGCACAUUAUGAAGAUGGCGAGCGUGAACCUGAAGAAUAUCACACUGGAGACUGGCGGCAAGAGCCCACUCAUCGUGUUCGACGAUGCCGACCUGGAGAAUGCCGUUGAAUGGUCGCACAUUGGCAUCAUGUCGAAUCAGGGCCAAAUUUGCACAGCGACGUCGCGUAUCCUUGUACAGGAGGGCAUUUAUUCUAAGUUUUUGGCUGCGUUCCGAGAACAGGUAAAGACUGUUUCGCGCGUCGGCGACCCGUUCGACGAAGAGACGUUCCAGGGUCCUCAGGUAACGAGGGCGCAGUACGACAGGGUGCUAGAGUAUGCUGGCAUCGGCACCAGCGAGGGUGCCACGCUCGAAAUGGGUGGCGAGCCAGCGAAGGGCGUUGGAUCCGGCUUUUUCGUGCAGCCGACCGUCUUCACGGGGGUGACACCUCAGAUGCGGAUCUUCCAGGAAGAGGUGUUUGGGCCAUUUGUGGUCAUUUCGACAUUCAAAACGGAAGAAGAGGCACUCAAGCUUGCCAACGAUACACAGUACGGGCUCGGCAGCGCCGUCUUCACGAGGGAUCUGACGCGAGCGCACCGUGUGGCGAGGCGGAUCGAGGCCGGCAUGGUUUGGAUCAACUCGAGCAACGACAGUGACUGGCGUGUUCCUUUUGGCGGUGUCAAGCAGAGCGGCAUUGGGCGGGAGUUGGGCGAGGCGGGGCUUGCAGCGUACUCGAACAUCAAGGCCGUCCACGUGAACAUGACAGUGCCGUCGAAGCUGUGA